AUGGGCAACGUCAGCAGCUCUCCCGAAGAGGGCGCAUCGCUCUAUCUUAGAGACCAGAACAGAUGUAGGUUCCUCUUGUCUUGCUUGACCAACAGCAGCCACGUUCGCCCCUGUCUUGCGCCAAACACCUUCGUAAUAACUAGCCCCAGGAAACGCACUUCAAUAAACAUAGUCCCGAAUGCAUAUCCUGCGACCAGAAUAUCCGCAAUGCGGCCGUCUGGCGACAAUGGUCCUGUCGAUUUUGUCCUGGACCCAGAAUCGAUCAGCUCUGCAGCCGGUCCGGCCUUCUUGUUGAAGCUCAACAACGAAGACGACCUCGUCUUCACCUUCACCUUCGUCCUCCGCAGAUCGCAGCAGCUCGUUCGAAGUCCCUCAGGAAGUGCUGAUACCGUAGCUCCUGUCGAUACAAACAUCCAAGGGCUUACCUUUGUGUAUGCUCCAACGGCCCGCGAAGUUGAGAACUUGGUUACUCGAGAAUUCCACGCCGAUCCAAACCUGCACAAGAACCCCAAUGUCGAGCUUGUUGGAACAUAUUCAACAGAGGGAAGUCCCUCGGUAACAUUUGACUGGACUUGGAAAUGGAAACCACCAAAGCACAACGAGGAUAAAGGAGGCGGUUGGCGAAACUCAUGCACUGUUCGUGCUCUCACAACGCUUUGCCAUAUUGGAGGCCAACCAAGCUCCCCAAUACCACCCAUUCUGCUGAGCGCUCCACCAAAGGUCCGCGUAGUGUCUUCACAAUCGGUCGAAGCUCGAAUCAGUCCAGUGCCGGAGCUCGAAGAGCUAGUCUCUCCACUCACCAUAUCUCAUGAACCGUUGCCUGCGCCUUCUCCGGCACCAACCCAACAAAAGGAGCAAAUCAAGGUCGACUGCCCACGCCCCGGUGAGGAUAUGUCAGUUUCCGAUGAUGGUCCCGUUUUCCGAGCAACCAUGAAGGCUCUCGAGCAAAAGACAGGCAAUAUGCGAUCACAGAUGAAGCGUUUGAUCAAGAAGGCCGAAAAUGUCCAUGCUGCGCAACUGGAGGCCAACGAUGCAUUUGCGGCUUUCAUGGAAGCCUUGAAAGACGUGUCCUCAACCAACGCAAACGCCGUCAAGCCAGCCAUUGAGCACUACUUUGACAAGAUCGCCCGCGAGAUUCUAUCAUAUGAGCGGCAGAACACGGCGAAUAUACAAAGGAUUGUGAUUGAACCGAUGAGCAAGUUAUACCAGAUCGACAUCAAACAGGCCGAAUCCAAGAAGCGGGAUUUCGAAGAGGAAAGUAAAGACUUUUACGCCUAUGUUAGCCGCUACCUCGGCCAGAGACACGAUUCCGUCAAGGCGAAACAGAGCGACACCAAGUACCAGACCAAACGGAAGAAUUUCGAACUAAAACGUUUUGAUUAUUCCUCGUUUAUGCAGGAUCUAUCUGGCGGGCGCAAGGAACAGGAAAUUCUUUCGCAUCUUACCAAAUAUGCCGAUGCCCAGGCCAGGUGCUUUCUCAACACUUCAAAGAAGAUUGAAGACUUACUGCCACAGCUCGAAGCACUAUCCACCGAAGUUUUGGAGGCGGAUAAGGAGUAUCAGUAUCAGCGCCGGGAACGCGAGGAGAAGAGAAGACUGCUCGAGAAGAGCAAUCUCAACUACAAUGAACCAGACAUUCAACCUCCGCUCACCUCGGCCGGACCGCGAGAGGGGGGUGCUCCCAAUGGAAACCCAGCCAAUUCUGACUCUGAGCUCGGUCGUGCGAAUAGUACCGGCUCCCAGCUCAAACCAACCCCGUCAGGAAACAUGGGUGCCUCUCCUGCGGACCUGACGAGGUCUCCUGGGAGCCUGACGCAACAUGUCGUGGGUAGCCCCCAACAAAAUGCUAAAUUCAAGGGAAUCCGCGACCUUGAGGAACGCGACCCUGGGCACAUAGCGCAGCUUGAAAAGGAGACCUCCAACCGCAAGGAAGGCCUCCUGUGGGCCUUGAACAGGCCAGGUGGACAUGUAGAUCCACGAAAUCUCAACAAGCAGGGCUGGCACAAAUUCUGGAUUGUCCUGGACCAAGGCAAGUUGUCCGAGUAUAGCAACUGGAAACAGAGGCUUGACCUCCACAUGGAUCCGAUCGAUUUGCGUCUGGCAUCAGUACGAGAGGCAAGGAAUGCGGAACGCCGGUUCUGCUUCGAAGUCAUCACGCCACAUUUCAAGCGCGUUUAUCAAGCAACAUCUGAAGAAGAUAUGAAUAGUUGGAUCAUGGCUAUCAAUAAUGCAUUACAGAGCGCUGUUGAAGGUCGCUCUUUUAAGGACAGACCGCCAUCAACAGCCCCCGGCGACUCGAGCUUCAGCGGUAUGGACUUUGGCUCGAUGUUUGUUGGCAAAAGUCCGUCCCUCUCACACGGCAACCAUCACAACUCUGGGGGGAUCCCAACCCGGCGCACGACUGUCGGCGCCCGCCCAGCGACGGCGCGCAGCAGCAGCUUUGAGGAACGGCCAGACAGGCUCCUCCAGCUACUCCGGGACAACGAUCAGGGCAACUCGUGGUGUGCCGACUGCGGUUCGAGCAACAAGGUCGAAUGGGUCUCGCUCAACCUGGCAAUCAUUGUUUGCAUCGAGUGCAGCGGCAUCCACCGGUCCCUCGGGACGCACAUCAGCAAGAUUCGAUCCCUCACCCUCGACACCACCUCGUUCACGCCCGACAUUAUCGAGCUGCUGUUUCUUGUAGGCAACAGGGUGUCCAACAUGGUGUUUGAAGCCAAGCUGGACCCUGCCAUGAAACUCACCGCCCAGGCGACCCGUGAGCAGAGACUCAAGUUCAUCACGUCAAAAUACGUCGACAGGGCGUUUGUCGAGCCCAUUUCCACCACGCUGUCACGCUUCGCCACGGCAGACGAGACGCUCUUGGCUGCGAUCAAGAGGAACGACAUCCAGCAGGUCAUCUACGCCCUUGCCCUCAAGGCUAACCCGAACGUCACGGACAAGUCCCGCGGCACGCACGCGGUGUAUCUGGCGUUGGCGGCGGCUGACCCAGCGCCAAUGUCGCCGCCUGUCACGCCUGGUCCGUCACCGACGGUGGACAAGCUUAUCCCGUUCCCCAUCGCGGAGCUGCUUGUGCAGAACGGGGCCGAAAUUCCGGCGGAGAUGCCCCAGAUUCCGCUGAGCCAUGCUGCGCAGGGGUAUAUUGAGCUGAAGAGGGGGAGGAAGGCGGCGAUUGAGGCUUCCGGGGCAGGAGGGGCAGGAGGGGGGUCGUAUGAUGGGGUUGGUUCCUUGCCGGCGGGGUCGACGUUGAGCCCGGGGGAUAAGCUGCAAAGGGAGAGGGAGGCGAGGCUGCAGAAGAGGGUAAGCGCGGGGGGGAGGUUGGCGAAGAGCCCGAUCCCGGAACGAUAG